AUGAGUCCCAGGAAAGUCAUUGAUAAGGAUAAACAUAUGAAAACCCAUUUCCCACUUGCAACUACCAAACAACAGUUGCCACUUGCAACUACCAAACAACAGUUGCCACUUGCAACUACCAAACAACAGUUGCCACUUGCAACUACCAAACAACAGUUCCCACUUGCAACAACUAAACAACAGUUCCCACUUGCAACUACCAAACAACAGUUCCCACUUGCAACUACCAAACAACAGUUCCCACUUGCAACUACCAAACAACAGUUCCCACUUGCAACUACCAAACAACAGUUCCCACUUGCAACUACCAAACAACAGUUCCCACUUGCAACUACCAAACAACAGUUGCCACUUGCAACUACCAAACAACAGUUCCCACUUGCAACUACCAAACAACAGUUGCCACUUGCAACUACCAAACAACAGUUCCCACUUGCAACUACCAAACAACAGUUGCCACUUGCAACUACCAAACAACAGUUGCCACUUGCAACUACCAAACAACAGUUGCCACUUGCAACUACCAAACAACAGUUCCCACUUGCAACAACCAAACAACAGUUCCCACUUGCAACUACCAAACAACAGUUCCCACUUGCAACUACCAAACAACAGUUCCCACUUGCAACUACCAAACAACAGUUCCCACUUGCAACUACCAAACAACAGUUCCCACUUGCAACAACCAAACAACAGUUCCCACUUGCAACUACCAAACAACAGUUCCCACUUGCAACUACCAAACAACAGUUCCCACUUGCAACAACCAAACAACAGUUCCCACUUGCAACUACCAAACAACAGUUCCCACUUGCAACAACCAAACAACAGUUCCCACUUGCAACUACCAAACAACAGUUCCCACUUGCAACUACCAAACAACAGUUCCCACUUGCAACAACCAAACAACAGUUCCCACUUGCAACUACCAAACAACAGUUCCCACUUGCAACUACCAAACAACAGUUCCCACUUGCAACUACCAAACAACAGUUCCCACUUGCAACAACCAAACAACAGUUCCCACUUGCAACUACCAAACAACAGUUCCCACUUGCAACUACCAAACAACAGUUCCCACUUGCAACAAACAUUAAAUGUAAACAUUUUGUUCUUGUUUUGGUUCAAAAUUAG